GCCUCCGAAUCGGCCUCCCCAACACCGAGAUCAUGGAUGGUGAUUCACAGACACCAACUCUCCCAGACACGCAGCUCCAAAAACAUGUUGAAUUGUUUCUCCUCAAACUUCAAGAUUCUGAUCGUGGUCCGAAAGGAUUGGCGGAUUCAUGGAGGGAAGCACAACACGUUGCAGACAAAUCUGUGCCAGGCGUCUUGUUGAAGGAAGGCGGAUUCCCUGUCUGGUAUGGAUACCUUCUAGCAAAGGGUGACGUGGAAAAGUCUUCUCGCUUUGCAGGGAAAGCUGCCACUCGCGAUCUGAUCGCCGACCUCGAGAACCGACCAGUUGAAUACCUGAAGUCGCUAGCAACGACAGUUACUUGCAAAAUCAACCCUGUUGUUGCGGCAAAGGUCGAGCAAGUGCGCAGAACGAGGAUCGAAUGUCAGACGAAGAGCAUGUCCCAAAAAUCAAACAAGAGGCCUCGGACAGCAGAUAACAAUGACGACCGAAUCGGACGUCCCAUCACACCUAGUCCGACAUUCCUGCCAGGCGAUCCGGCCUUCCACCUGACGAAUCUCGAUUGCAGUCCCCAAGAGCUGGACCUACAUCCAGACGACCCCCUCAACUACCUCGCCGAGAGUAAGCAUGUACUCGUCAACGCGUCUCUUAAAGGGGCCACACGCCUCUUUCCGACAUCCCUAUCCGACUCGAUCAAGAGAAUUCCAAAUCCAAUCAAUGAGAAUGGCUUGGUAGCUGGCAUCUCAAUGACGUUUCCGAGAGCUCCAUAUACGGAUAAAUUUGGAUGCCAGAUGGCAAUUGAGAUCCUGGAGAAUAAAGUGGAAUGGAUUGCCCAAAAGUUGUUCGAUGUGCGCCUGGAAACGACGGAAGGACUUCGAUACGUCCUUCUGCCUGGCGGUACGAAAGUACUGCCCCAUCCCAGCAUUACGCUGCAAGGGGGCUGCUUCGAAGUCGUUCCUCAUAUUUUUGGAUCUGAAACUGAUCGUGCGAUCACAGCGAGUCCUGCGCAUCAAGAUGAUGUCAAGCAAGCGAUGAAACGGACAUCCUCUGUGUCGAUGGUGGUUUCGCAUCAGGCCCGCAACGGGGCAGUCAUAUAUGUAUCUCUGGGGCUGUUGGAAGGAACCCAAAUCAAAGACAAGCUCUUUCUCUGA